AUGCUAAUAGCUGCUCGUCCUGGUCAAUUAUUUGAUGCAUUAUUUCAUAGAGAAAUGGAAAAUUUUAGCACAUCAAUUCGUUAUAAUGUAAUAUUAAAAUUUCAAAUAUUAUGGUGUUUUCGGUAUCGAUUUUGGACGCAAUUAGAAGAAGAUGCACAUUCAAUGAUAAAGAUUCUUUCACCAAGUAUGGAAUUGGUUUUACCAUCUCCAGCACUUUGUCUUGCUUAUCUUCAAACAAUAAAAUCUCCUCAAAGUCUUCGUCAUCUUAUGAUAUGUUUAACUAAUAUUCCUCCUCAAUUUGCUCAUGCCAUAUUUAAUUAUGUUCUUGAUUUAUUAAUGAAUACGGAACAAAGUGAAAUAAUGAUAUUAAUAACUGAUAGUGUUCCGUCAACAAAAGAAGCUAUUAUUCUUGGUCUAGAUUUAUAG